AUGUUAAACUACUAUCAGGAGUUUGGUGUGAAUGAUGAGUCUCUUGCCAAACUUGCUAGGCUGGUUAAGCAACCUGAGGAGGAACUUAGAGCCGAGAUGAAGAAGUCCCCUCUGUCUUCAGCAUUGCAUUUGCAUUGUUUACAUGCACACUGCGGGAAGUUGCCAUUUGACACGCAGACAUUUUCCUCUGCAUACUCUUGCAGGCUCUUGGUGCCAGAGAAUUUGCUUCAUCAUAGAGAGUUUCUCCAUUGCUUGUCCCCUGUGGCUGUCUCACCAGGAUGCAGACUGUCCUGGAUCUUUCCUCUCUUUGUACUUCUGACAAAGGGUAAUUCUUUGGAGUGUGAAACUUGUGCUGAUGUUGGCACCAUCUGCAUGGGCAGUAUGAAGACCUGCGCUGAGGGCCAAGAUACUUGCAUUGUUGUGUUUCUUGAAAGUAUUAUAGAUGGCAAGGUGCUUCAGACUAUAGUGAAAGGCUGCACAUCCUCUGACAAGUGCAAUUAUCCCCCAAAGCACAUGACUAUAGGGAAAGGGAAAAGCAUAAGGACCAGUCUGAGCUGUUGCACUGGCAAUGCCUGUGCAUUGAUAACCCCUCCACACUCGCAACUAAUAAAUCUGAAAGCCAAUGGAAAGCAGUGUCCUUCCUGUUACUCUUGGUCUGGCACAUGCAAUGCAGAUAUGGUGAACUGUACUGGACCGGAGAAGUUCUGCUUUGAUGUGCUCUCACGCUCAAAAGCUGAUGGAGAAUUCAGAGACAUAAUUAUGAAGGGCUGCACUACCAAGUCUACCUGUGCCUCAAUGAACAAAGGCGUACCUCCCAUUUUGGAAGAAAAAGAUACUGUUGUCGUAAAUGCCAGGUGUACCCCAGAUCCUUCUAGGGGAUCUCGAUCCUCUGGGCUCUACCUGCCAAUCUUCUCUGGGCUCCUGUUCCUGAAGAUCCCCUGGUGUGCUUCUUUAGAGUGUGAGAUUUGUUCGAGCGCUGGCACCCACUGUACCGGACCUAAGAAGACCUGCCCUCUGGAGAAAAAUACCUGCAUGGUCGCAUACACUGAAAAUACUGUAGGAGGAAAGGUGGGAAGCAAAGGUGGUAAAAUUAAAUUAACCAUCUCCCUUCCCCCUCCAUCUUCCAUUGCAGAUGGAAAAAACGAACAUACUAUAGACAAAGACUGUGUAACUGCUGACAUCUGUACCAGUACCCCCAUUGAGUUGUACUUUGGACCUGGAAGAGUCAUGAGGAUAAUUGUGUACUGUUGCAUCGAAAGUUUGUGCCCAGAAAUUGAAUCCAAAUUUCCACCGAUUGAAACCAGAAUGAACGGAAAGCAGUGCCCUGCCUGCCACAUGUGGUCGGACACGUGCAAAGAAGAGAUGGUGAACUGUACAGGACACAACGUGUACUGCUUUGACGUGUCUUCGCAUUCACAUGCCCAAGCAAACAGUGUGGACCGAACCAUGAAAGGCUGUACUACUAGGUCUGUGUGUUCCUCAAUAAGAAGUGGCCGCAGUCCCAUUGUGGGAAAUUCUGAUCUGAUUAGGAGGGCGACAUGCAUUCCAGAGGUUUCUCAGGGAUCUCGAUGCUCUGGCCUUCUCCUACCAACCUUCUCUGGGCUCCUCCUGCUCUUGAAGAUCCUCGUGUAAAGGGACCUGCAUGGGAUUGUAUCAGCUCUGCCUUCAAUCAAGCCUUCUAUCUAUCUAUAGGCGACUUUUCCCCACUUCAAUUGCGCCUUCCAGAUGGAUUUUCUCUGAUUCACUGAGUGAAAAUAAACCUCAGGUUGAAAUCAA